GUUGUCAAUCGCAACGGUUGUGGCUAACAGAAAAAUUGGAAACGCGUAAUGGCGCCAUAUACGUGAUUUAUUUAAAUGCUUGAGAGUAUACAUAUAAAAAUACAAUAUCAAAAAAUUGUAUUAAUAAUAAUAAUUUAAAAGACUGGGCCGAUACUCGGGAAGGAUAAUUAUUUUUUUAGAUUAACAUUGUGAGACACAAGAAAACAUUAAAAAAUAACUAAUAUAAAAUAUUGAUUCAAAUACAUAUAAACUGAUCAAAUGUACUCGUAUAACCAUGCUUAUGAAUAUGGAUUAAUUAUAAAUAUUAUAUAUGUUUGUAAAUAUAUCGUCACACAGAUGCUAACGGAAUGAUUGUCUCGUGUGUAUAAAACUAGUGAAAGCGGGAAUGCAUAAAUUAGUGCAAGUGGUCAUAAUUUAUAAUAAUACAUAUGUAAUUGCACUCCUGCGCAUACAUCAAAAUGCAUGAAUCAAGCUAUGAUGUUAGCAACAGUAAAAACUCCGCGCACAAUAAAUAUAGUCUUGAUCGUAUUGAGAAACAAAAACUUGAGCAGCCCAUUAAAGAGAAGAGUUUGGAUAGUCAAGUUGAUUAUAGCAAGCACCACUUGCAAAUGCGAGUCGAUAGCGUUGAUGAUGAGAGCACCGCACCUAUAACGGAAUCAAAUUCGCGUGAGGAUCUUAUAGCGAGUAGUGAACAUUUUACAGAGGCUCCGCCAGAAUUUCCACGAUUCUUAUCAGUGCCAGUUUUACGCAACUUUCGCCCAUAUUCUGAAAGUAUCGCCCCACGCCAAAUCUCAUCCAGUCCGGCGAAAAGUGAUCGAGUUUUACGUACAUAUCCGACAGAAGGGAAAAUUCGUACUAGACGUUUAAGCCAGGACAGUGGAAUUGUGUCAGGACGCUUGUUCGGUGGUUUGGAAAGCAACAUUCUUGAUACAGUGGCUCCCACCAAGCAUUUCGCCAAAUCCUCUGAUAAUUUAUAUAAUUUUUUUAUAAGUGAAGCCGCAGCAAAUGCCUACAAUCAACAGCAACAGGAACAAAAAAAUGAACAAACAGUAUGCGAAGCAAAAGAGCAAAACACCCAAACUAUAAUACCAUACACAACCAAACCGAUUGAACGGCAGCUACCAGCUCCAAAAGCAACGUACACUGAAAAAUGGCUCAACUCGACAAUCUCUCGAGCGCUAGAUCAUUUCAAGCCAAACUCCAUUGCUGUACCACUGCCUACUCAUAUUGAAACAGAGUCAGCAGAGCCUAGUCCCACACAAGCAUUUGGGCCGAAGGUGUUGAAUGUGGAAGAUAUUCCCGGAACAGCAAUGCGACGUGGUCUAGGUAUACAUUUGAAUACGCCACUUGUUGAGGACACAUCUUAUAGGGAGGACACAGAUCAGUCUGAUAUAAUAAACUCAAAUGUUUUACAAAAUCAAUUUGGAUACAAGCAACUAUUACCUGUAUCACGUAAGAGUUCGAAAAGCUCCAUAGCCGACCGUAGUUUGAGCGGUAGCCAUUGUGACAGUCGAAAUACUAGUAAAAGUCACAGUGCAAGUGGUGAUGAACGCGAGAUGCGUCGCAUUAGUAAACAAGAUCGAGAGGGUCUUGAUCCAGAGUCUCUGAUGUUUCGUGAUGGACGCCGUAAGGUUGAUAUGGUCCUGGCAUGGGAAGAGGAAGAUUUUGGUGUAAUGACCGAGGCCGAAUCUCGUCGUCGUGACAAUCGUCGUUGUUUUAUGGACAAUCUAAUUAAAGAAGGACUGGAAGUUGAGUUAGAAGACAAAACACAGUCCUUUAAUGAAAAAACAUAUUUUCUAAAAAUUCAUUUACCUUGGCGACUAGAAACGCGACUAGCAGAAGUCAUGAACAUAAAGUUGCCGAUCAAGCGAUUCAUUACAAUAUCAGUAAAAGCAUCCUGGGAUGAUGAGAAUGUAGUGGCACGAAAUGUCCACUACUGGAAGUCUCUCUGGAAUCGGCUAACUCGAAAAAUUCAGCUCGACCAAAGCGUUUUAGAAGGGGAAACGACAUUCAAAGCUGCUACUGUCAAUGGUAAUGCUGAGGAACAAUUUAUUGUUAAAGAUCGCGCCACUGCGUAUACGAGUGCCCAACGUUCUCUUAUGGUUAUGCAGGUGCUUAUUCGUACCCCUUUCGAUGAUAGCGACCGUGUUGGGAUUCGACGUUUGCUCAAUGACUCCACCUAUUUGGCUUGUUUUCCUCUACACGAAGGUCGUUAUGAUCGUCCACACUCUAGUGGGGUCUCAUUUGACCGCCGCAUUUUAUACCUGACGUGGGCUCAUCCUUCUCAGUGGUACAAAAAGCAGCCUUUAUGUUUAGUUCGCAAGUACUUUGGCGAUAAGAUAGCUCUAUACUUUUGUUGGCUGGGUUUCUAUACGGAGAUGUUGGUGUAUCCGGCAGUUGUGGGCACUUUGUGUUUCCUUUAUGGGCUUGCGUCUCUGGACUCAGAAGAUAAUACUCCAAGUAAGGAAAUUUGUAAUGAAUUCGGGACUGGUAAUAUUACACUCUGUCCGCUGUGUGAUAAGGCCUGCAGUUAUCAGCAUUUGUACGAGUCUUGCCUCUUCUCUCGCUUAACAUACCUCUUCGACAAUCCAUCUACAGUAUUUUUUGCUAUAUUUAUGUCAUUUUGGGCAACGACAUUUCUGGAGUUAUGGAAACGCAAGCAGUCUGUAAUUGUCUGGGAAUGGGACUUACACAAUGUUGAAUCCGAUGAGGAAAAUCGUCCAGAGUUUGAAACAAAUGCCACCACAUUCCGUAUGAAUCCAGUGACACGAGAGAAGGAACCCUAUAUGUCUACAUGGAGUCGAGCAAUACGGUUCGUCAUCACCGGUAGUGCUGUCUUAUUUAUGAUCUCGGUAGUUUUGUCCGCUGUAUUGGGCACCAUCAUAUAUCGCAUUUCAUUGGUUUCAGUCAUUUAUGGUGGCGGUGGAUUUUUCGUAAAGGAACAUGCAAAAUUAUUUACAACUGUUACAGCUGCAUUGAUUAAUUUAGUCGUAAUUAUGAUAUUGACAAGGAUCUACCAUCGUAUGGCCAUAAGGUUGACAAAUUUGGAAAACCCUCGAACUCACACCGAGUACGAAGACUCUUACACUUUCAAAAUCUUCUUUUUUGAGUUUAUGAAUUUCUACUCAUCGCUCAUCUAUAUUGCCUUUUUCAAAGGUCGAUUUUUUGAUUAUCCCGGCGAUGAUCAAGCGAGACGAAGUGAAUUUUUUCGUCUUAAAAAUGACAUUUGCGAUCCGGCUGGAUGUUUAUCAGAGCUUUGCAUUCAGCUAGCCAUUAUUAUGGUAGGAAAACAGUGUUGGAACAAUUUUAUGGAGUAUCUCUUUCCAAAAUUGUAUAAUUGGUGGCGUCAGCGCAAACAUAAAGCUGCAACCAAGGAUGUAACACAUCUACAUAUGGCUUGGGAACAAGACUAUCACAUGCAAGACCCAGGACGCUUGGCUUUGUUUGAUGAAUAUUUAGAAAUGAUACUGCAGUAUGGUUUCGUAACAUUGUUUGUGGCAGCAUUCCCCUUGGCACCUCUUUUCGCGCUACUAAACAACGUUGCGGAAAUCCGUUUGGAUGCAUACAAAAUGGUCACACAGGCUCGGCGUCCUCUAGCAGAGCGUGUUGAGGACAUUGGUGCUUGGUAUGGCAUCUUGCGCAUUAUAACCUAUACAGCAGUUGUCUCCAAUGCUUUUGUGAUAGCUUACACAAGUGAUUUUAUACCGCGUAUGGUCUAUAAGUUCGUAUAUUCAAAUACGAAUACGCUGGUGGGUUAUAUAGAGCAUUCGCUUUCAACUUUCAAUACAUCAGACUAUAAAGAGGAGUGGGGAGCUACGAGCAACGAAAAGGAUCCAGAUGUAUGUCAAUAUCGUGGUUACCGAAACGGACCUCAUGAUUCCGAACCAUAUGGCUUAAGCCCCCAUUACUGGCAUGUUUUUGCUGCACGCUUGGCUUUCGUUGUCGUCUUCGAGCACGUCGUUUUCGUCAUCACAGGCAUUAUGCAAUUUAUAAUCCCAGACAUACCCGCUGAAGUGAAGACACAAAUGCAACGCGAACAGUUACUUGCCAAAGAAGCGAAAUAUCAACACGGCAUUAAACGCGCUCAACAGGGAGAAAAUCAGGACUUAUUAAGUAUUUUUCGAGAUGCGGGAAGUCGUAGUAGUGGUGCUACUAUGGGUACGAGUGGCUUUAUUGGACGUGGAAGUUGGGCGCGACGUUUCAGUCGUCUUAGUGAUGGCUUAGAUGCACAUGUAGAAGUAGCGUCACGACCUCGUCGCUCAGUUGAGUCGACAGUAUGGGAGGUUUCUUGACACGAAGAAGAAGAAGAAGAUGCACAAGAGUCGAAAAUUGCCAAAAAAUAAUAUCAACAAAUCGUACGAAAAAUAUAUAAUGGCUGCAGAUAUUACGAAUAUUUGACUUAAGUUAUGUAAAUCUGAAUGUAUAUAUAAUACUUAUAUAUGGUUUUAAUGAUAGGAUACUUAUUUAAUCUUUUCCUCAUAUUGAUGCAAUAAAUCAAAUAUCUAUUCAUAUCAAAACCUGAUCGGGAUUUAUAGUAUUCAGAUUGAGAUUAUUGAUUCUUAAUAAUUUCUACAAUAUCAAGGUACAUUAUACAAAUACAUACAUACAUACAAAUGUAUAUACUUAUGUAGUAUGUAAUCACAUGCAAUUAUAAAUCGCAAUAUCUGCAUACUAUUUUGAAUUAUUCCC